GUAAGGGCCCGUGACAUCUGGAACCAUUUCUAUAUAAACCAUGAAAUCAGUCAAAGUUGCUAUUUUCAAUUUUAAAGCUAUAGUAUAACUUAUCGGAGGUCAGUAGAGUCACUGUGGUAUAAAUAGAAUUCUUAUCCACUUAACUUCAUUUCACUUUUUAUAAUCAUAACUAUUACUGACGGGCACGGAGAUAACCAGAACAAUCAUGUCUACUACUACACAAACACCAACUGAUCGGAUGAGCAGUAAACGAAGUGAGUUCAAUGAUGGUAGAAAAAGGCCUAUUUACACAUGGACUGAGUCGUUUAAGGACUGGAUCAAACAAUCAUUCUAUAGUCAUUAUACUGACGAACAAGUGGAAUCUAACUUAUUGUCGGUAUUACCAUUUUAUCCGGAAUCCGAUGGGAAGAGAAUAGCAAAGAUAAUUAAUACUGAUAUAGGUGAUGGGAAUUACAUUCAUGAACUUUAUAUUGAGAAUAUUGAAAAGCCCGUACAUCCAUCUUUGACAUCAACUGCAUUAUCACAAACUCCUCCUGAUGUAGUAUUAGUUCAUGGUUAUGCUGCUUCACUUGGACUUUUCAUAGAUAACUUUGAUUCAUUAUCACGAAUCCCAGGAAUUAAGAUUCAUGCUAUUGAUUUAUUGGGAUUUGGAUUCUCAUCGCGUCCUCACUUUCCAAAUUUUGGUACCACUACUGCAGAAGAUAUUUAUAAAACUGAGGAUUGGUUUAUAGAUACACUUGAAGUAUGGAGAAAGAAGAGAAACUUGAAUCGAUUUGUAUUGAUGGGUCACUCAUUUGGUGGAUAUUUAAGUUGUUGUUAUGCUUUAAAAUAUCAACAAAAGAUUGCUAGUACCAAUGCUAAUCUUAUAGAUAAGUUGGUACUUAUAAGUCCAGUCGGAUUAGAAAGAAAUAAAUUUUCAUUAUUAAAGAAUGCUCAAGAAGCCUUUGUAAGUCUGAGUGUUCAGGCUAAGGGUAAUCAACAAGAUACUGGUAUAGAUGUUGAACAAGAAUAUUUAGCUAAUCAAGAAGAUAUAGUUCAUCAAACUACCAAUUCUUCUUCUACAGUUGUUCCUGAUGAAGCUAGAACUGGUAGAUUACCAGAUGAUCCAGAUGAAUUACCUCAAACUAGAAGAAUUAAAAUCAUUAAGAAGAUGUGGGAAAAUAACUUUUCUCCCUUUUCUAUUGUUCGUAAUGUCGGACCAGUUAGGUCUAAACUUAUUAGUGGUUGGACAACUCAUAGAUUUUCUCAUGUAUAUUAUACUAAUCCUCAACAUUUCCAGAAUAUGCAUGAUUAUAUAUAUCGAGUAUUUAAUGCUAAGGGAUCAGGAGAAUAUGCCAUUACAAGAGUUCUUGCCUUUGGAGCCUUGGCUAAAUUACCACUUUUGGAUAGAUGUCCAGAGAAAUUUGUAGAUAUGAAAUUACCAACACUUUGGAUGUAUGGUGAUAAAGAUUGGAUGAAUGAAGAAGCAGGAUAUGAAAUGAUGAAUGAGAUUAAUGAUUUAUCGAUUAAGAAACAUAAUCAAAAAUUAGCAUCAUUCAAGAUUUUAACUAAUUCUGGUCAUCAUUUGUAUCUUGAUAAUCCUCCUGAUUUUGCUAAGGAGAUCUUUUCAUUCUUGAAGCUUGGAGAUAAGUAGAUGUAAAUAGAUUAAUAUAGGUAUAAAGAUAGUAGGGGAUAUAUGUUUGUAAUUGACACACUAGAGAAA